AAAAUUUCAAUGAUACAUUCUGAAGAGGAGAGUAUAAAUAGUUUUACGCCUGAAUCGUAAUAUUCAUCUGUUAUCUUUAGAUAAGAGUAAAACCCUGAAGAACAUAAAAAUAAGGACUCCAAAAAAUAUGCCAUAAUUGAUUAAUCAAUUCGUAUUCAAUUACUACGCCGUAUACUUUCGAAAUAGGCUACAAUAAAGGAUGCUGCUAAAGAGUUUGGUGUUAAUUUUUCAACUGCAAAAGCAAUAUUGCAAACUUAUAGAAAGGAAGGAAGAAUUGGAAAGAAAAAAACAAGAGAAAGGAAUAAGACCAAAUAGGAAUCGGGAGAAAAUAGUUCCCCUAGAAAGAUUUAAUCUAUGUAUAACCUAGAAUAGCCUUAAUAAAUGAGAGCAAUAUCUCCAGAAUAGAAACCUUAAAUACCACAAAUUUAACCGAUAUUCCCCGUGAUGAGUUCUCCAAAUUUAGAUAAUAAUGGGGCUUAGAUAGCUUUAGCACUUUGCUAAAGAGAAUUGGCUCAAUAAAAAUUAAUUAAUUUCUAAUUAUUGAUGAUGAUUCAAGUAACCUAGAAUCUUUAUUAAUUUAGAACUUCAAAAAUAUUUCACAAUUAUAAGUCAAAGAAGAACCCAAUAUAAUUAAUUGA